AUGAUUGAAACUGAGAGACUAAAUUACAUACGUCAUCAACAGAAGGUUCUAAGAUGUGAUACUUAUGAGAACCUUUCCAAUUUACGUAACCAUGGUAAUAUAAAUGUAUCCACCACUGGAAAGCGUGUCAUAUUGCCUUCGUCAUUUACUGGAGGUGCUCGGUAUAUGAUGCAGAACUAUUUGGAUGCAAUGUCUCUAUGUAAGUGGUAUGGAUAUCCAGAUUUUUUUAUUACAGUAACAUGUAAUCCGAAAUGGCCUGAAAUUAAAAGAUUUCUUAAGGACAGCAAUUUAAGUCCUGAAGACCGGCCUGAUAUCCUAUCGAGAUUGUUUAAAAUCAAGCUCAAUGCUUUGAUUAAAGACUUGAAGGAUAAGUCAUUACUUGGCAAAGUGUCAGCAGUUGUUUAUACUGUGGAGUUUCAGAAGCGUGGGUUGCCGCAUGCGCAUAUAUGUUUAUUUAUGCAUCCCGAUCACAAGUUUCCAACUGUUGAACACAUUGAUCCCCUCAUUUCCGCUGAAAUUCCCGACAAAAACGAUGAUCCAGAGUUGUAUACUCUUGUCAGUGAUUUCAUGAUUCAUGGUCCUUGUGGUGAUGACAACAUCAACUGUCCAUGCAUGGUAGAUAAUAAGUGUUCGAAGGGCUUUCCAAAGAAAUUUCGUGAUCAUACAUCUAUCGAUAGGGAUGGUUUUCCUCUCUACAGAAGAAGAGAUUCAGGAACAUUUGUUGAAAAAUCUGGAGUUAAGUUAGAUAACAGAAGUGUUGUUCCUUACAACAAAACACUUUUGAAGAGAUAUCAGCCCACAUCAAUGUUGAAUGGUCCUGAUCGGGUUACCGUUUCCAUUGUUGAAAGUAACACAUCAAACGAACCUGACCCGCCGGUGGAUGAGAUCAAAAAAUACUAUGAUUGUCGAUAUUUGUCUGCAUGUGAGGCAUCAUGGCGUAUAUUCGCAUAUGAUGUUCACUAUAGGUAUCCUGCUGUUAUUCGUCUUCCAUUUCAUCUUCCGAACCAACAAAAUGUCGUAUAUGGUGAAGACGAUGAUAUUGAUCAAGUCCUCAACCGGCCGUCAAUGAAUUCUUCAAUGUUUUCAUCUUGGAUGGAUUGUAAUCAAAGUGAUGACGUGGCCCGAGAGCUUACUUACGUUGAAUUCCCUACAAAGUUUGUGUGGAAAAAGGAUGAACGGUGUUGGAAACGAAGGAAAACUACUGGUUUUUCAAUUGGAAGAAUUCACGCUGUUUCUCCUACUCUUGGCGAGGCUUAUUUUUUGAGGAUUCUUUUGAACAAAGUUAAAGGUCCCCGAUCCUUUGAUGAUAUCCUCACUGUAAAUGGUCGUAAAUUUAAUACCUUUAGAGAAGCAUGUUAUGCUCACGGUCUAUUAGAUGAUGAUAUGGAAUAUAUAGAAGCUAUCCAAGAAGCAAGUCAUUCAGGCUCUGGUUUUUAUCUUCGCACAUUGUUUGCUACGAUGUUGACGUGCCACACUCUGUCUUUGCCGGAACGUGUAUGGCAAAAAACAUGGGAAUUAUUAUCAGAUGGCAUCCUUUAUAAACAACGACUUAUUUUAAAGGCUCCAGAUUUAUGCCUUACUGAUGAUCAAGUUAAAAAUCUCACAUUGUACGAGAUUGAGAAGAUUUUAAUUCGUAAUAAUUCCAGCUUACGAAAUUUUAAUACAAUGCCUUACCCUGAUCAUGAGUUGAUUUCUACUUCAAAUAAUCGUUUGAUUACUGAAGAGCUGGAUUAUGAUAGAAUUGAUCUUCAAGAGGAGUUUAAGAAUCUUUUAGUUUCAUUAACCGAUGAACAAAGAUUUAUUUAUAAUGAUAUCAUGAACGCCGUUGAAGACAACAAAGGUGGUGUUUUUUUUGUUUACGGUUAUGGAGGUACCGGUAAAACAUUUCUUUGGAAAACUUUAUCUGCAUCUCUAAGAUCGAAAGGGGAAAUUGUUUUAAAUGUUGCCUCAAGUGGGAUUGCAUCUUUGCUUCUUACAGGAGGUAGGACAGCUCACUCUCGAUUUCUCAUUCCGAUUAAUCUGACCGAAGACUCAAUUUGUCCUAUAAUCCCUAACAGUGAUGUUGCAAAUCUAUUAAAGAAAACAUCAUUGAUUAUAUGGGACGAAGCACCAAUGAUACACAGACAUGGUUUUGAAGCUUUGGAUAGAACUUUAAAAGACAUAUUGAAAUGUGAUGGAUCUCAUAAUUCCGAAAGUCCAUUUGGAGGUAAAACAAUCGUAUUUGGUGGAGAUUUUCGACAAACUCUUCCUGUCAUUCAAGGUGGUACUAGACAAGACAUUGUUAAUGCUUCGUUGACUUCUUCGUACAUAUGGGACCAUUGCAAAGUACUCACUUUAACCAAGAACAUGAGAUUGAGUGCAGGAAGUGGAAUGCAUGAUGUCAAGCAAACACAAAUCUUUGCUCAGUGGUUGUUGGAUUUGGGUGAAGGGAAACUAGGCGGAUCUAACGAUGGUGAUGCGAUUAUAGACAUACCCGAUGAUCUUUUAAUCAUGGAUUCCGUUGAUCCAAUUUCAAGUCUUAUAGAUUUUGUUUAUCCUUCUCUUCUUCAAAAUUACCAAAAUUCCGGCUUUUACCAAGAAAGAGCCAUUCUUGCACCGACGAAUGAAGUUGUUGAUGAAAUUAAUUCUCAGUUGUUGUUGAUGUUCCCAGGAGAUUCCAAGGAAUACCUAAGUUCGGAUAGUAUUUGUGAGACAGAAAAUCUACAGGAUGGUUUUGAUCAAAGUUUAUACUCUCCUGACGUACUAAAUGGUCUUAAGAUCUCAGGUGUUCCAAAUCACAAAUUAGUACUAAAGGUCGGUGUUCCCAUCAUGCUCCUCCGAAAUAUUGAUCAAAAAAAUGGGUUGUGCAACGGAACUCGCUUAAAGGUAAUAUCACUUGGAAAUCGCGUUAUUGAAGCAGAAGUGAUAUCUGGAAGCAACAUUGGUGCUCGAAUUUUUGUUCCUAGAAUUGGUAUAAUACCGUCGGAUAAGAAGGUUCCUUUUAGAUUCCAAAGAAGACAGUUUCCUGUUGCUUUAUGCUUCGCUAUGACAAUUAAUAAAAGUCAAGGGCAGUCAUUAUCCAGAGUUGGUUUGUUUUUGAAAAAUCCAGUAUUUUCUCAUGGUCAACUUUACGUGGCUUUGUCGAGAGUCAAGAGCAGAGACGGACUCAAAUUAUCAAUUCUUGAUAAUGAUGGUAACCUUACUAAUAGGACAUCUAAUGUUGUAUACAAAGAAGUUUUUACUUAUUUGUAA